AGAACAUCGGAUAUAUGUGACAUGGGAUGAUCAUCUGAGCCAUCUAACGCGUUCGCUGUUUGCUGUACUGGGAACGAGUUAUUUUGUAAGCGCACAAUUAGCAUGCAUAUACGAGCGUGUAUACAUUCUCACGCGCAUUCUUGCCCACUGUAUAUUGCGCUUACCUCUUGGACUCGUCAAAAUUUCUAAAUAUUGCUGAUGGCCACUAAUUUUAGAAGCUACAAGAAUUUGACGGAUGAUCAAAAGAUCAUUCUUAGGGCGUUUUAUGACAAUGGAAUGAACACGACGGCAAAACAUAUGCAGGAAAUAAUACUGAGAGCUGCUGAACAAGCUGGGGCAACCUACGACCAAGUAAAGAAAUGGAUUGGAAAUGAAAAAAGGAAGAGAAAGCUAGGUGAAAGUAGGACAGAAGAAAACAAGCAUGAAGAUUCAGAUGACAAUGUACUAAGAAUAGGUCCUCCACUUAAAAGAGUAGCAUCUGGCUACAACAUAUUUUCAUCAAGCAUGCUAAGUUCAGACUUGUGCAAGGCUAUUGAUUCAAAAUCGGAGAAAAUGAGAUUUGUUUCGUCACAAUGGCAAGCUCUUAGUGCUGAAGAAAAGAAUGAUUGGAAGAGCAAAGCCAAGCAGGUUGACAGAAUACGUCCACUAGAACUGGGAGAAGACGAAAGACGAAAACACAUUGCCAAGACAAAAAAAAAUCUCAUGAAAGAGAUUUCUUAUCUGGAAAACCUGGGAUGCGAGGUGGCUGUUGUGAUGAUAGAACCAAGUGGGAACAUCAAUCAGCAUGGUUCAAACAAAGGUGUUCAGUUUCUCAUGCAAAACGAAGCAGUGGCAAUAAAGUUCAUGGAAUUCUUUGAUCGCCCGGCGGAAGACAAACAACAUACCCGUGCCGAUGUCCAGAAUCUGUUCAACGAGAAAUAUAGUGAAGCAUGUGGGAUUCCUGGCAGUAGAGUUCCUUACAAAAAAGGUGGUUUUACAGUUACUGGACUGCCUGAAGGAAUUAUUUUUAAGAAGCCGCUCAAUUAUGGAAGUGAUCAGAUAAAGAAAGUAAUGAUGAAUGCGGAAGAAAUUAUCUUUCACAUCACACGAGAACGAAACAUAAACGAUUCAAAACUAACCCAUGACCCACUGGCUAGUACAUCUGUACCAUCAGACAUUCAGAACUUGCUUUCUAAAAAUUAUUGA